AUGGUCAGAGGCCGUCCUCGGGACGACGCCAAGACCUUUUCUCGCGAUGGGGACGACAAGCCCAAUAUUUCCGGCGACGAGCCGGAAUCCCAUGUGUCCCUUUUCAAGUAUAUAAAGGCCUUUAUCAGCCCGGGUUUCAAAGCAGAACCGUCUUCCACAAUCCACUUACCCAUCAUACUUUGCAAACCAUCCGACAAGACUUCUUCCACUAUGCAUCUGCAGACCAUUGUCAUCCUCCUCACCGCGACAGCCUCGGCUGCUGUUCCCGCUGUCCCUGCCGGCCGCGAAACGGACGCUGCCCCUGCUGGCCUUGAAAUGGAUGCCGAGGCCCAGGUAGCCAACUGCUACUGGGAUGGGACGGCGCCAUUCUGUGCUGGCGGCUGCCCCAAUGGGUACACUGAUCAGGGUACUUCUUCCUGUGGUGAUGGGGCGUGCUGCAUUACCGGAUAUAAGAAGUAUUGCUGCAAGGAGACUUGA